AUGACUGAAGAAGAGGUCUACGUCCCUUCUUCCCCUUCUGAAUGUUUUUCUGUGGAACAAGGUCUGACUCUGUCUCUCCUGGCUGCACCAAACAGGAGCUACAGAGAAGGGGCACGUGAUGACGAUAAAGCACUGCAAAUCAAAACGAAAAAUGGGAUUGAAAGGUGGCAUAGAGCUGUGUCUGCUAACGUACUGAAAUGAAAUCUCCUGAUACCCAAAGAAGAUGACUCCUCCAGUGGAAGUGACUCAGGUUGUCUUGAAAUCUGUGAAAGUGAGAAAAAUGGAGUUGCCAUCUCCCAGAGGAUUUCCAAAAAUGAAAACACGGAAGCUUUCAAGAGAGCAGAACCAGGUCUUCUGAGUGUGUCCAAGAAAUACAGGACUGGGUUCAUGAGAGCUAACAUGGCUCUGAAACAAAUACUGACCUUUAAGAAGCCCCAGAAAUCUUCAGCAACCAUCCAGCUGGAGGUGAAAGUCAUGGAGGAACAAGCAGAAAGGAUAACUGGGGAAAACAUGGUUGUGAGAGCAAGACAAACCAGGAGACACUUGUCGGUAACAUCUCUGACAGCUGAACUCCAAAAGGUUCCUUAUUUGUCAAAAAAGAGGGGAAACUUUCUAGGCCUCAAAAAGAAGAAAAAGAAUGAGUGGAAGCUGCAGUAUCAUUCAGGUGUGACGGCUGGAAAGCUUCAAACACAGGUGGAUGAUCUCUUAGAAAAAGUAACUGAAAAGUCCAUAGAUUUACUGGCCUAGAAACAUGCAGAACUCCAGCAGUGUGAGUUUCUGGGAGAGGAGAUACUUCAAUCAUCUAAGCAUUUUCAAUUGGCUUCCAAAAGAACCAUGAGGAUGUAUAAACUAAAACAUAUGCAUUUCCCAUGCACAUGCUGUUGCUAA